CUUUUUAAUUGUAAUACUACGGUUUUUGUUGUGAUAACGAUCAAUUUCGACUUUUUGAGUCUUCGAAUAAUUUACAUAUUUUACAAAUUAAAUAUUGACUUUUACAACUGUUAGCAAGCAUUCGCAAACGCCAAACAUGAUAACAAAUCAAUUUUUCGUUUUCAUACUUUUACAUUUCAUUCAAUUAUAAUAAAUAAUAUUAAAAAACAAGUUUAUUCAGUAGAAAAGAAAAAUGAUGGAUUCCCAAGAUGCUAAUCGUCCUGAACUACUAGAGGAAGUAAGGCUGUUUCGCAACGCUCGUGAACGAGAAAAGUAUGAUAAUAUGGCUGACUUUUAUGCAUUAGUCAAUACACUGCAGCAUCUUGAAAAAGCAUAUAUACGUGAUUGCGUAACGCCCAAAGAGUAUACUGCCGCUUGUUCAAAACUGCUUGUUCAAUGUAAAGCUUCUUUUAAGCAAAUACAGGGUGACGAUUUUCCAUCAGUUGAGUCAUUUGUUAAAAAAUACAAAUUAGACUGUCCAGCAGCAAUAGAGCGUAUUAAAGAAGAUCGGCCAAUUACUAUUAAAGACGAUAAAGGCAACACCAGUAAAUGCAUUGCAGAUAUUGUGUCUUUAUUUAUAACCAUAAUGGAUAAGCUUAGAUUGGAUAUUAAAGCAAUGGAUGAACUUCAACCUGACCUACGAGAUUUAAUGGAUACUAUGAACAGGCUUAGUAUGUUACCAGCUGAUUUUGAAGGAAAACAAAAAGUAUCUGAUUGGCUUAGUUCUCUAUCAUCUAUGAACGCAUCAGAUGAAUUAAAUGAAAGCCAAGUGAGACAAUUGAUUUUUGAUCUCGAAUCAUCUUACAAUGCAUUCAACAAGUUGCUCCAUCAGUCAUCUUAGGAAAAUAUUAGUAAAUAAUUUAAGCGGCAAUCAAAUACAAAAAUAACACCAGAAUAUUUGAAUAAUCUUUAUUUAUAAG